AUGAAGGAGUAUACCCUCCGAAGAUCUGUAGACUACAGUGUGUAUGAAUCGGAGCCGUUGACAUUUUAUGCGAAGUGUACACAGUACAGGUCAGGGUGUGAUUGGCUUAUCAGAGUUAGCAUGAUCAGCAGAAAGCAUUGUUGGGUUAUUAGGAGGUACAAUGACAGUCACACUUGUACCAGAGCAACCAUCUCUCAGGAUCAUUCCAAGCUGGAUUCAAAUACGAUUGCCGAAGCCAUAAAGCAGUUGGUUGAGGCUGACCCCUCUUUAAAGGUAAAAUUAGUUAUUGCAGAAGUGCAAUCGAAGUUCAACUACACGGUCAGCUAUCGAAAAGCAUGGUUGGCAAAGCAGAAGUCCAUUGAGAAGAUAUUUGGAGGUUGGGAAGCAUCCUAUGAAGCGUUGCCCAUAUGGUUCGAGGCCAUGUGUCAUAAGGAACCAUCAGCUGUCGUAUAUUUUGAGACUAUGCAUGCAUAUCAAGGGGAUGAUUUGGUAACUGAUAUCUGGGUAUUGCAUCGAGUCUUUUGGAGCUAUUACCCAUGCAUUAGAGCAUUCAGACACUGUAAGCCAGUUGUCCAGGUGGACGGGACUCACUUGUACGGAAAGUACAAGGGUUGCUUGUUAGUGGCUGUUUCGCAGGAUGGUAACAACAAUAUCGUACCGAUUGCAUUUGCUAUUGUCGAGGGAGAGACCUCUGAUGCUUGGCACUUUUUCCUCAGUAACCUACGUCAACAUGUUGUGACUUGGGAUGGUGUGGGGCUGAUAUCGGACCGACAUGAGUCCAUAAAUGUAGCUGUGGAACGUAGUCACGGAGCUUGGUCACCUCCUAGAGCUUUCCACAUGUUUUGCAUCAGGCAUAUAGAAUCAAACUUUCUGAGAAAAUUCAAGGCACCCUAUCUGCAAAAGCUUGUCGUCAAUAUAGGAUAUUUGAGGACAUAUGCGUUGGCAUUCGACGGUGGCUACCGAUGGGGUCACAUGACGACUAAUCUAGUGGAGUGCAUCAACUCAGUCUUGAAGGGUGCACGCAAUCUCGCCAUCACUGCACUUGUGAAAGCAACGCAGAAUGAGGUAUUUAAAGUGCGUGAGAUGCCAAGUGGAGUGGAGUAUGCUGUUGACCUCCGUCGUCAGAGAUGUGAUUGUGGUGAGUUCCAGGUGGACCGGAUUCCUUGCCGGCAUGUGUUUGCAUGUUGUGUAAAUCAACGACUAGAUUGGCAGGUAUAUGUGCAUGACGUUUAUAAGAUGGACCAGAACCGAACCGAUGAUCGAACCGGUCAGAGUAUAGGUUCACUGGAUAUUCAACGGUUCAUGCCUAAUUAUACCGGUUCAAACCGGUUUUCAUCCUUACAUGGUCCAAAUACUGGACCGGACCGAUAUAGGGUCCGGUUUGCCGGUUAUCCGGACGAACCAGUCUGGUCCGGUCCGGUUAUCAAAACACUGCCAUCGUAA